AGUAAGCAUACUGUCAACCUUUAUAGCACCCUUCAAGUAUUUGAGUCCUGGCGCAACCAGUAUGGAAGAUGAAGACAAUUUAAGUACCAGCAGUGCAGAAGUGAAGGAAAAUCGAAACAUUGGCAACCUGGAGGAUCAUCCCAUAUCCUCUAGUGAGAAAGCAAGAGGAGGAACAUCAAGCAGUAAGAGAAAAAGACCCUUAGAGGAAGGCAACAGUGGCCAUUUCUGUAAACUCCAACUCAUCUGGAAGAAAGUCUCAUGGUCAGUGACACCAAAGAAUGCUCUGGUUCAGCUACAUGAACUUAAACCAGGUUUACAAUAUAAAAUGGUUUCCCAGACAGGUCCAGUGCAUGCUCCAGUCUUUGCUGUUGCAGUAGAAGUAAAUGGACUUACAUUUGAAGGAACAGGACCCACAAAAAAGAAAGCCAAAAUGCGUGCAGCAGAGCUAGCUCUGAAGUCUUUUGUUCAGUUCCCAAAUGCUUGCCAAGCUCACUUUGCCAUGGGCAACUGUAUUAAUCCAUCCACGGACUUCACUUCUGAUCAGGCAGAUUUUCCAGACACUCUGUUCAAGGAGUUUGAACCAUCUACACACAGCGAGGACUUCUCAGUCUACAAGCCAGUUAAUAAUGAGUUGCUUUCCACUGCUUAUCGACAUGGGAGGCUACUCUGCCACACUUUGGACUUAAUGGGCCACAGUAAGCAAAACAAGCACAAGAUGGUAUCCAAAGCAGAGAGCGAGAAGAACCCGGUGGUGCUGCUAAAUGAGCUGCGGUCGGGCCUGCGAUAUGUCUGCCUGUCAGAGACCGUGGAGAAGCAGCACAUCAAGAGCUUUGUGAUGGCCGUGCGUGUGGACGGGAGAACAUUCGAAGGCUCAGGACGUAGCAAGAAGCUGGCGAAAGGCCAAGCAGCGCAAGCUGCUCUGCAGGCCCUCUUUAACAUUCGUCUGCCCAGCCACAUUCCCAGCAGGAGUAAAUGUAACCAUUUGCCACAGGAUUUUGCCGACUCCAUAUACCAAAUGGUUGCACAGAAGUUCCAGGAGUUGACAGACAAUUUUACUUCCACACAUGCACGCCACAAAACUCUUGCAGGAAUUGUCAUGACCAAAGGUUUGGACAUCAGGCAAGCUCAGGUUAUUGCGCUGUCAUCGGGUACCAAAUGUAUAAAUGGAGAAUACAUUAAUGACCAAGGGCUUGUGGUCAACGACUGCCAUGCAGAAAUUGUGGCAAGAAGGGCAUUUGUUCAUUUCCUUUACUCACAGCUGGAGCUCCACUUAAGCAAACGGCGAGAAGACUGGGAACGAUCAAUCUUCGUGCGGUUAAAAGACGGAGGCUACAGGCUGCGCGAGAACAUCCUGUUCCAUCUGUAUGUGAGCACGUCACCCUGCGGAGACGCACGCCUCAACUCCCCCUAUGAGAUCACAAAUGACUUGAACAGCAGCAAGCACAUAGUAAGAAAAUACCGUGGGCACCUUCGAACAAAGAUUGAGUCUGGAGAAGGAACCAUUCCCGUGCGGUGCCACAACGCGGUCCAGACGUGGGAUGGCGUCUUGCUGGGAGAGCAGCUCAUCACCAUGUCCUGCACAGACAAACUCGCCAGAUGGAAUAUCCUCGGGCUUCAAGGUGCUCUCCUCAGCUCCUUCAUCGAGCCCACCUACUUGCACAGCAUCAUCGUGGGAAGUCUCUGUCACACCGGUCACCUUUCGAGGGUAAUGAGCCAUAGGAUAGAAGACAUUGGUCAGCUGCCAGCUUCAUAUAGGCGUAAUCAGCUUCUUCUCAGUGGGGUCAGUCACACCGAGGCUCGUCAGCCUGGAAAGUCUCCUGGCUUCAGCGUGAACUGGAUUGCAGGGACCACCGACUUGGAGGUGAUCAACGCCACGACGGGGACACGGAGCUGCGGGAGCCCCUCACGGCUCUGCAAGCACAUGCUGUUCUCUCGCUGGGCCAAGCUCUACGGGAAGCUGAGCACACGAGCACCAAGCCAUGGAGACAUGCCAUCCGUGUACAGCGAGGCAAAGCUGGUGGCUCAGACGUACCAGUCUGUCAAGCAGCAGCUGUUUAAAGCAUUUCAGAAAGCAGGUCUGGGCACCUGGGUGAAGAAACCCCCAGAGCAAGAUCAGUUCCUACUAACUGCAUAAAUCAUCUGACACCUUUGCUACAUGACUGGAUCAGAUCAGCUGGCGAGAAGGCUAGGCAGCACACGUGAGCUGCGGGAACUGAAGCUGUCCAAGAUGAAACAGCAUCUUCCAUGAGAAUAUUUUUAGUUCUGUAUUAGAAAUACAUAAAUAUAAAUGCAUCUGAUUAAUGGACUGACUUGACUUUAGGAAACUGCUUUUUCAUGACUCCUUCCCAGGAACGUACAAGCCCAAAUUAUAACUCCACCCCUGGCAAAGAUUUUGCUGCUUUUUGCGAUUGGUGUUGCAGUUAAUGGAAGCAGCAUCUUGAUUUCGGAUGCUGGCAGGCCACCUGUCUGUGUAAAAACUGUUUUCCCUCACACACUCAGUGCGAGAUUCAACACUGAAUAAUGGAAAACAGUAAGCAAACAUUGCAGUACCCCAGGCACAUGGCAUGACAGCAGGUCACAGAGCAUCCAUAAUCAUCCACAAAAUGAUAUCUAUCCUCUAUGCAAAAAUCACCGUCUUAUCUGCCUAAAUUAGUGAGGGAAAAUCCGGAUCUCAAAGAUAGGCAGCAUUUUCAAACUCCGCUUUCCACUUUUGGAUCUGAGCAUGAUGCUGGGCAUCAGGAGCCCCUUGGUUUUACAAUGACCCAAUUUGUAAGACAGCCCUUCGCCACCAGUCAAAUCAUGACUGCAGAGGCAAGUGUCCUUCAAAGGCAACUCAUGUGCAAGUAUGUGCAGUGAUGUGCACCUCCACCCGGCAUGGAGAUGAAAGCUGGUGUGACCAUACUCCCAACACUACCCCAAAUCAGACAGGCUGGAGCUGGGACCCAGCACCUCAAUUUUGAAUGCUCACAAGCUCUAUGGUUUUAGCUUAAGUUGAUACCAAUUCAGGAUGCUCAGCUGAUCUAAAAUUUCAGUGGGUUGAGUAGCCACAAAGACAUCCCAAAACAGAGGUCACAUCUGAUGCUCAACUCCUUUGUGCCUCAGUUUUCCAUCUGUCUAAUGGGGAUAAUACUUCUUAUCUGCUUCACAUCUAAGGAAUGUGUCAGGAGUGUUCUGGUCAUUAACAACCAUGUAAGCCAGAUCCUGUCACUCUUUACUGCAAGUUUUACCUCUGCAUAUUGCCCCAAGGACACAGCGACAACAGAUGGCACCAUGGUCUUGGUAAGGUUUUACUCAAUAUAAGAGUUCUUAGAUUCUAUCUCUGUAUAAAUGCUACAUAUGCUAUUAUUCAUAGUCAACUGUAGUGUGAAAAGCAGGUGAGAUUUUUCAGUUAAAAGAAGAGUAAUGUCUAUGGUUAUCGAUCUUCGUAACUACAACUUCGAACAAGCUCAGACUUUGUCAGAAUGCAGAAAAUACAGUCAUGGGAGAACGAAGCUUUCACAGCCCAACUGCAGAACCAACCUUCUAACACUCUGUAUAUUUCUUUUGGGUUUUAGUUUUUUAAAUGACAGGAUUUGCGGGUAUAGAACUACUCUUUUCUUUUUAUUCCUGUGAUUCCCUUUAAAUAUGUAUAUAACAUACUGCUGCUGAUUUGUGAUAAUUGUCCUGGUAUUUUCUCAGAACUGUCGAGUUACUUUUCAAACAACACAAGGCUCAUAUUUUUCCAUGUAAUUUCCUUUACACGGGAAACUGUUCCUAUCAAUAAAGAUGAUGCUCUUUGUAUAGGGUUUAUCAUGUUUGGAGAGCCAUAUACAGUAAAUACAUUGUUUAUUGAUGCCCACGAUAGAAUAGCUACAGUAUUUUGAUGAGAUUUUAUUUUUAGAUUAUAACUACAAGAUGUAUCUAUAGUGUCUUGUAUAAAAACAAUUGUGAUAAACUAGAAUUUUUAAAUUAGAUAAAACAAAGCUCUCCCCUUCCAGAAACCUUUUCAACAAAAUAUACAUUCCAUAUUAACUACCAAAAAUAUUUAAAAAAAACCUUAGAGUAGAAAUAGUAAAAAAAAAAAAAUACUGAAGUGUUUUUCUGAGUAACAGCUAGAGUAUCUUCAGCACUUUCUGAAGCUUCCCGUUACCUUGACAUGACCCCUUCCCUUAAAUCCUGGUGUUACUCAUGCAUGGUGGGGGCCAAGCAGGUCCCCACAGGACUAUGGUGGACACCCAGCCAAGAGCAGCAGGGAUGUUGCAUGAGGAACUGUGAAGCAGCAUGCUAGAGGGGCAUAGGAGGGCAUGUGGCCACUGAUCCUGUGUCCCAGGGGGAAAAAAGUGGGCCCCAAGAGAAAAGCCUGAGCAGAAAGUGGUCCAAGGUGAUUCACCUCCUGCCCAACCCACCCUCGGGCCUUCUGUUAGGCCUGUAAGCCCCUGUGAUGACCACCUUGUGGGAAUGGAGGGCUGCAACACCCCAAGGAAGCAGAAGCCAUGAAGUCUUCUGCCUUCCCUCCCUCAACUAGUCUUUAUCCACCACUUGAGAGGCCUCCAGGCCCCUUCUUCCCUCUCUCUUCCAGGCUGACACAGCUCCAGCUCUACAAAUAUGUGUGGCUGCCCCAGCCAGAGAUGCAACCCACGGGACAACAAAAGGAGCCGCUGGUUAUUUCCAGGGAUAAAAAGAAAGGUGUGGUGGGACUGAGUUAUCCUGAAUUAUCCAUACAAGAAAUAUGUAAAUUCAACCUUGGAUUCAACUGCCAGAAUUAAUCUAUCAGCAGGGACUAAGUGGGGUCCCCGUUGCUAAGGGGCAUCCAGUGAUCCAGUUGAAGGCUCUGAAGUUGCACCUGCUUGCACUAGGGUUGAAUUUGACCUUAGAUGUCUUAGAUGUCUACUUUCUCUCAUUACAAGCAGCGAUAGAGAGUGAUGGGACUACGUCCCAGAAGCACAUAGGAAUAACACUCAGCAUUUCCUGAAGCAAAGGAAAACUUACUCAAUAGUAAUUCAUAAG